AUGGCUCGACUGAUACACAGCGUGCCAGUGGCACCAAUACCUCGCCAUGCUGAACCCCUGACCGACCUAACUUUGCUGCUGAAUCGGCUGCAGCGCACCAUCCUGCACGCCGAUGCAGAGCGAGAGGCACGGCUGCGGGACAGCGAGUUCGAGAGGGAGAAGGCCCGGGCGAACGUUAAUUAUGCGCGGUCGCUCCUGACCAAGCUAGAGCAAGAAGCUCUGGCGGUCAAGAUCGUUGGCCGCCGACAGGAAACCCAGGCGGAUCUGGUGCGGAAGAGGGAGCUGCUCGACCAAAUAUCAGAACGACUGAGUGAUCUGGCCGAGUUUGCCGCGGCCGCAGGACAUGGCAGUGGGACCGUUGAGGAGGACACGUCGGACGGGGAGGACAUUCUGGCCGAUAUCAUAGCGACACCCAGCGAGAGCAUGAACUCGUCCAGGUCGCCCGAUAUGCCUCCCGAGGAGCCAAACGAAGCAUCGUCAGAUCAAGCAGCAGAGCCGCCAAACCCUCCUUCACCACCUCCGCCUAGUCGACCUCAAAAAACACAAGACGUCAGCCCCCGACCAGCACAAAGCACCACUUCAAUCGCACCGCAACAAGCCACACCAACAGCAACAACAAUAACCUCCCAGACUCUCCGCUCUCGCCAGUCCGAGCCAACCCCGUCCUCCACGCAACCACAGGGACCCAUACCACCCCAACAACAACCACAGCCACCACAACCACGAGCAACAAGCACCAGCUCGUCCCUCUUCAGCAACCGCCCGACCACCCAAACAACUGACCUAGCAGCAAUAUCCACAACGGAAGCAAUCCUCGACCACCAGCGUGCCGAACAAGACGCCCUCUCGGAAUCCAUCCUCAAGCUCGCCGCGCAGCUCAAGGCGUCCUCCCAAGCCUUCAGCGCCUCGCUAGAGGAGGACAAGGAAGUGGUGGAGCGGGCCGGGAAGGGGAUGAGCAAGACCAGCGGCAAUAUGGAGGGUGUGAGUCGGAAGAUGGGGAUGCUCACCCGCAUGACGGAGGGGGAGGGGUGGUUGGGCAGGAUGAGGUUGUAUGUGCUUGUGUAUGGGCUGAUGCUGGUUCUGGUGGUGGUUGUCUUCGGGCUACCUAAGUUGAGGUUUUGA